CUUAAAAGCUUUCUUCUUCUUGUUUUUCUUUUGUUGUUGUUGUUGUUUGAUUAACAACUUCAAAGCUUUCUUAGAAAUUGGGUUUUCUGCCAUUUUAGAGAGGAGAAGGUGUGAAUCAUGUUAAGGUCCAGCUAUUGUCAUGAUUGAAAAUAUCUAAAGCAUCUGAAUGUUUUAUCUUCUUUUUUAUGCAAGAAAUACAAAUUAUAGAAAAUAUCUUCCAUCUCUCUCUCUCUCUCUCUCUCUCUCUUAAUAUUCUUGGAAUUCAGUUAGCCAAAACUCUCAAAAUUCUUUCUGUUCACUUUUGGAUCACGGUAGCAUUUCACAGCUAAAUUAGAAUUAGAUGCUAAACUAGUGGUCGUGCUUGCUUGUUUAGCAAUCAAAGCAUGGUUAAUAAUGCAUGACAAGGUAAAGUGGCAAACGAUUCGUUUCUCCACAGGUCUCUCUCAACAGAACAGACCAAACUUUGACCUUACCAUAUUAGCUCAACAAGUGAGAACACACUGGUGCCGUCUCUGUCAAAGCACAACAAGUCACCUACUGCGGCUAUAAACCCCCAAUACCUGUAAAUUGUUCAUUCUGUAUUGCAAUACAAUAAUUUUCUCUCCCAUAUUUUCUCUCUGUUUCUUCAAAUAAAGACCACAAAAAUCAUGGAAUACAAUGAAAUUGCCCACUUCAGCCACCCACAACACACACUAAAAUUUGAGCACACGGAAUUUCCAUUCAAGUGUGAUGGGUGCAAGGAGAUAGGCAUAGGCUCACGCUACAGAUGUGCCAUAUGUGACUUCGACCUCCACACACACUGUGCACUCCCUUCCCCUGCUAUCUCUCAUCCUUUCUACCCAAAAUGUUCCUUCCAGUUCCUUCCACGCCCGCCCGGCAACACUCCACGCCUUUGCAACGCGUGCGAAAAGGAUUUCACGGGGUUCAUGUACCAUUGCAACUCGUGCGGGUUUGAUCUCCAUCCAUGUUGUGCUAAGCUCCCUAUGAUGAUUAAUGACAGGGAAGUCAAGCUCUAUUUGUAUAGGAAAGUGGAUGCACCUUGUCACAAGUGUGGAAGAAAAGGAAGAAGCUGGAGUUAUAGGUCUACAUGCAAGAAAUACAAUUUGCAUGUGGCUUGUGUGAGAGAGAUGGUAAUGGAAAGUUGGUAUGAUAUAUAUGUUGGAAGAGGAAAAGGUAGGAGAUUGGAAACAAGAAUUCCUAGCCUUAAAAAUACUCUUCAAACCCACCACCAUAAGAGGAAGGGUAAGGUGGAAAAGUGUUGUGAGAUAGCUGGAUUGGUUGUGCAGUUUGUUAUAUCAGCGGUGCUCGGAGAUCCAACCCCUUUGAUUGCUGGAGUUAUAGGGUCCUUGAUGUCACGAGCAUGAUAAUUGAUUAGUGGCAUGUGUGGAUGUUUCAUGUACAAAGGUAAAUAAGUUGCAAUAUAUAUGAUGAAUUGAUAUCCAAUGUUCUCAAAACACUUUUUUUUUUCACCUGUAAUUCUCUGUUUAGAUUGGUGAUUUUCAGGCUUAAGCUGUGUAAUAUGAAAAGUGGUCAUCAAAUUAGAGCAAAAUCUAACUGAGAAGAACCACAGACUUUGUGGCACAACCCAAUU